GAAAACAAUGGCGCUGACGGAGUAGUAUGGUAUUGAUACAAUAUUUAUUUUUGUUAUGGUUUUGUAAAAAUCCUCAGUCUGGUUAACAUGAUUGGGGGUUACUCUGACAAUAAAUCUCUAUUAAAAUGACGUAUUGACAUAUCAACAAAUUUAGUGUUAAGUUUCCUGAAUAUGUAAAACAUGGCUUCUAAUUCAUACAGGGUGGAAUGGGUAGAAAUAAUAGAGCCGAAGACUCAAGAGCAUAUGUAUGCCAAUUUGGCCACUGGUGAAUGUGUCUGGGAUCCUCCAGAAGGUGUACCUGUCAAACGAACUGAUUCAAAUCAAUGGUGGGAGCUUUUUGAUCAAAAUACCGCCCGAUUUUAUUACUAUAAUGCAACAUCACAAAGAACUGUAUGGCAUAAACCUACAAACUGCGAUAUUAUUCCUCUUGCCAAAUUACAAACUCUAAAACACAACACUGACUGCAGCCCAGCAGCAACUAGCAAUCAGGCUACUCAGACUGGUCACCAUGUUGAGAGGGGCCAAGCUUUAAGUUUAUCAGCCAGUACUCCACAGUUACGACGCAGACCCAGUGAUUUAUGCCGAAGUAGUAGUUUUAGUCAAAGAGCAGCUGAAGCCCCAUUGUAUUCCAAUUGGCAUGAUUCUCAUUUGUUACCACUGGAACAUUUCUUACUAAAUAAUGGCAGGGAAUCAGACAGUGACCAUUCAGACAGUGGAAGUGAAUCUCUUACUGGUCAUGAACCAGAUAAUGAAGACUCUGAUCAGUCAGAAGGCAGCUAUUUACCUCACCGAUUGUCUCAUAGACCAGUAGAAUAUCUGAAUUUGCCUACUGGUGUUAAUACAGAGCCCAGAGACAGGGAUAGAGAUGUGUGUCCAUCCAUUCCACACUUGAAACCUUUAGCUGAGCCUCCACUGCAACCAGAGCGGGAAGCAGAUAUGGAGAAAUUUGCCGCUGAUAAUUUAAAUCUUGGAGGACGUGGUUUAUUUAGAAGGAAAGCAAGUGUUCGUGAUUUACUUAGUUGGACUCAAAGAAGUCUACAGAGACCUCUAUUAGCAUCAAGCAAACCAGUGUAUAAGCAAGCUUUAGAAAUGUUUAGGCAAGUUCAAAUGUAUAUGGGAGAUAGGAAAGCAAGACCUGGAGUUUCAUUAAAUUCGCUUUUAAUGGAAAUUUUGGGAAUUGGACACGCUCAGUCCUUGUUGAGAGACGAAUUGUUUGUCCAAUUAUGUAAGCAAACGACCGAAAAUCCGAGGAGGGAAUCUCUUUUACGCGGAUGGGAAUUAUUGACCAUCGCUUUAGCUUUUAUACCACCUAGUCCUGUUUUUCAACCAGCUUUAUUGGGGUACCUUAAUCGUCAUAGGGACCCUACAUUCUCGCGUGUUUUUCCUGAUGUUAACCGGUGGCCCAUUCACGUUCAAGUGAAUCAUUACGCGACUGUAGCCUGUCAACGGUUAGAACGGAUAGGGGCCGGAGGAAAGCGUACAGCACGCAGGCCCCAAAUGGACGAUAUCGAAUCGGCAAGGAAACAAAUAUUCCAGGCGAGUUUGUUCGGAAACACUCUAAGGGAAGUGAUGCAGCUACAAUCGACACGUUGGCCGAGUAGAAGACUACCGUGGCCUCAAGUGGAGCUAUCGUUACAAGUGUUGAAGCAUCAGGGACAUGCGACGGAGGGAAUUUUCCGCGUCUCCGCCGACGUAGACGAAGUGAACAGGUUAAAAGGGCAAAUGGAUCGGUGGGAACUGAGCGAACCCAGCGACGCCCACGUUCCGGCGAAUUUACUAAAACUGUGGCUGAGGGAGCUUUACGAACCUCUAAUUCCCGAUUCCCUUUAUCCCGAAUGCGUGGCCGAACCCAUGACGUCUCGUCGCGCAUGCGAUUUAGUUCUGCGUUUGCCAACUUUGCAUAGGCUAGUGUUAUGCUAUUUGAUACGAUUUUUACAAACGUUUAACAAACCGGAAGUCAUUCAACUUACUAAAAUGGACGCUUCGAACUUGGCUAUGGUAUUUGCACCAAACUGUUUACGAUGCAUGGCUAGUGAUCCCCGCACCAUGUUCGACAACGCUCGUAAAGAGAUGGCUUUCAUGCGAUGUCUUAUACAGGACCUCGAUACCGAAUGCGUUCGAGAUAUGAUCUGACCUCAACUUCUUAUUGUAUAUUUAUAAUAUCGUGACACUGUUGUAUUGUUUUCUUUAUUAUAAUAAUUAGAUAUCAUUCUUGGCUGUAUUUUUUCCGGACCUUUUGGGCUCGUCUGGCACUUGCGAAUCAUCAUUGUAUAUAGACAAUAUAUUUUACGGCGUAUGUCCCUGAAAUGUUUUGUUAAAAGGCCCAUAUGAUAUCCCUUGGGACAUCUUGCAAGAAAUCAUCAACGCUUAAGCUACGUUAAACACAUUGUUGAUGAUUUGCUUAGAUUCUAUUUGCCAGGCAAAACCAACUUUCCUAGGCAAGCUCAAGUUAACUCUAUCUUAAGGAUUUCCCGGCAUUUGGUACCUUGGUAAUUAUUCGGUCCCAUGACUUGCGUUUCUUGGGCAUCUGCAAAGAAAUCCUUUUUUUGUACCUGGAAAUUACAUGUCAAAAUCAAAAUUUUUGUUUACAUUCUCUCUGGUAAAAAGCGCAUAUGAUGUCCCUUGGAAUGCCUUGCAAGAAAUCCCUAAAACCAUUGUUUUCCCAGCACACUCUUAAGCUACGUUAAACACAAUGUUGAUAUGAGUUGCUUUACAUAGGCUAAUCUGCAAACAUCUUUUUUAAACAUGCCAAAAAACUUUUUUUAUAUUUCCAAACAAUGAUCUGCAAGCAUAGCGGAGAAAAAACAUCGUUCCUACCCAAACUCGAGUCAACUAUAUCUUCAGGAUUUCUCGGCAUUUUAACUUACCCUUCUAGAGUACUUUAUGGUAAUUGGCCAUUAUUGCCGAUAUAAUUUUUUCUUUGUCCCAUGACUUGCACCUGCAAAGAAAUCCUUUUUUUUAUUAUACCUUUGAAUUUCAUGUCUAAUUAAAUAUGGUUGAUGAGUACAAAAAAUAGCAAGAUAUGAACAAAAAUUAUGAAAUAACAGUUAGGUUAUGUGACACUUUUUUGCAAAAGCUGGUGGGAUUAUCCAAAAACCACAUACACCAAACUAACCAAACUACUACCACCCUUCAUUAGUUGCAUGAUUUUCUGAAUACGUGUCUUUCGAGUACAUUUUAAAUGUUGUAGUACAUUUACAUUUAUUUAACAUUUAGUAUAUUUAUAACAACAAUUUUUAUAUGAUGUUUUGAAUUUAUUAUAAAUUAUAUAGAAGAUACAAACACAAACACAUUUUUUCAGAAAUAGUCAAACAUUAUUCUUAAAACAAACAUUAAAACUAAAAAAAUCGCUUAAAACUAAACCUAAAGCGAAAAGAAAAAGCUUUUGUCCAAAAACACUUAUUUAAAUAUAUCAUGAUCUGAAAUUUGACAAAUACUCUAUAAGUGUUCUAUAGUCCAAGUCACGUACGUUUUUUAUUAAUCUAUAUAAGGUGUUUAAAGAAUAACUUGGAAAUUCUUUAUCCCCUUGAAUAAUUUUAUAAACUGGAAUGAAAGUGUUCAGAAUGUUGUUGGAAAAAAUCGUUAUGAGCAAUUUUUUCUGAGUAAACUGUUACAACAUUGAUCAUAUUUUCCGCUUCUUUUUUGAUAUCAAGAAUUAUUUUUUACUAAUACACAGCUGUACUAAAAACUCAACUCUUCAUCAUUCACUAAGCAGCAAGCGAUAUUAAAAAUCAUAAUUUUUGCAAUAGAAUGGAUGGAGGGCUUGUCCUUGUUUGAAUUUCUUUAACUCCAUAUUAAUGGUAGGAAGUAAAUGAAAAAUUUCAUAUUCUUGGGGUGGAGAGGGGAAUUUGUUCAUUUCAAUCAUUAAUACUAAUUUUUAACUAACACUGAUACUCUUUAGCAUGUUAUUCUAGUUUAUUAUUAUAUACAGAUAUAGAUAUUAUCUUUCUGCAUGAAACACAGGUUGGGAUUGAUAUACCAUCCUCACACUAAGUGUGACUUGGACUAUAGACACAUUUUUUACAUCUAGUCCAAGAAAAACAAGUACAUCGAUUUUUCCCAGGAGCUGUUCAUUUGUAGACUCGUCACUACCACAAAUUUCUCUUAUACGUGAUUUUUGUGGUAUUGGUAAGUUUUACCAGGUCUUGCGAUCUUUUGAGGGAACUGUUUUUUUGUCCAUGGUGGCUACCUUUUCUUGAAAUGAAAAACCACACUUGAAUUUUUAGAUACAAGGUGAUUUUGAAGCUUUUUUUACUCACUCAUAGUUUUUCAACUACAAAGCAUAUAUCUUUUAUGUAUAUUUAUAUUUUUUUAAGGGUAGGCUAUAAAUUACAUAAUUUAUUACAAAAGUAGUAUUUAUUACAUAAUUAUGACUUUUUGACAGCGAAAGUAUAUUAGGG